UUGUGUCUCUAGCUAGACAGGAUGGAAAUGUGUAACAUCUCUACUAUUCUUCUACUAUAUAGAUGAUAAAUGAGCAGAUGUUCUGUGUAUUUGAGAAGCUUUUAACAUGUCUUGUGAAAAAUUGAUUUGUUCUUUGUUUGUAUUUUGAGGCUGUUGUUGAGGGGUUUUCAUCUGCUCUUAACAUUCUCAUGAAUCCUCAGGUAUUUUUUGACACCUAGUUCAUCUAAACCUUUUCUACCCCAUUUUUCUUUUAUACUCCAGCCUGUGGUCAGGAAAUACUUUAAAACAGGUUGUUUGCACCCUUGCUUUAAUUUUAUAAAGGAGCAUAUUAGAUGUGUAGGCUGAGUUACUUUCUCACAGAAAAUGUCUUGGCCUCUUGACAGCACUUAGUUCAGGACUCUGUAAUGCACAUACGUCACUUUAAGAGGGAGACUUUCCAAAUGCACUAGGAAGCACAUCUGUGGAGCUUUCUGAUGCUGCAGAUUCAGGCAGAAGAGUGAGAACUGGGCUCCUUCCUCGCUCUGCCAUACGAAACAUGAACUUAGUGGUGUUCUUGACUGUUUGCAGCACAGUGUCAGGGGCAUUCGGAGUAGCUGUUGCUAGAGACAGAUGUUGAGCUCAGUAGCAAGGGAGAGGUACUUCCCAUGGCUUGCCAAGAUUUCAGAUGCAUGCCAGGUUCCUGCUGAAUGCCAGCAGCAGAGAUCACUACAGAUGGAGCCCCAAAGUCAGCACGGCAGCGGCGGCUCCCUGGUGGUGAUUCAGCAGCCCUCCCUGGACAGCCGGCAGCGCUUGGACUAUGACAGGGACGGCCAGCCCACCACCAUCUUGUCACUGGACCAGAUCAAGGCCAUCAGGGGCAGCAACGAAUACACCGAGGGGCCGUCGGUGGUGAAGAAGUCGGGUCCGCGGCCGGCGCCGCGGCAGGAGAAGCAGGAGAGGACUCAUGAGAUUAUACCAAUUAAUGUGAAUAAUAACUACGAGCACAGGCCCGGCCACGCGGGGCACGCGGCGCAGCAGCAGAACGCCAGGGCUCCCGUGCUGAGCCGCUCCACCAGCACGGGCAGCGCGGCCAGCUCCGGCAGCAACAGCAGCGCCUCCUCGGAGCAGGGGCUGCUGGGGCGCUCGCCGCCCUCCCGGCCCGGCUCCGGCCACAGGCCCGAGCGGACGGUCCGGGCGCAGCCCAAGCAGUCGGCCCUGGUCGCGGACGAUCUGAAGGGGCCUCUGAAAGAGGACUUGACGCAGCACAAGUUCAUCUGCGAGCAGUGCGGGAAGUGCAAGUGCGGGGAGUGCACGGCGCCGCGGGCCCUGCCCUCCUGCCUGGCCUGCAACCGGCAGUGCCUGUGCUCGGCCGAGAGCAUGGUGGAGUACGGCACCUGCAUGUGCCUGGUCAAAGGCAUCUUCUACCACUGUUCCAACGACGAUGAAGGGGACUCGUACGCGGAUAAUCCCUGCUCCUGCUCCCAGUCACACUGCUGUUCUAGGUACCUGUGCAUGGGAGCCAUCUCCUUGUUCCUGCCUUGCUUGCUCUGCUACCCUCCGGCCAAAGGAUGCCUAAAACUCUGCCGGGGCUGCUACGACCGCGUCAAUCGCCCGGGGUGCCGGUGCAAGAACUCCAACACGGUCUAUUGUAAACUGGAGAGCUGCCCCUCCCGGGGUCAGGGCAAACCCUCAUGAUUUUGGGAGGGAGGUUUACUCCCUCAACUUCAGUUUUUCAGGUUGUAGCUGAUUUUUUUUUUCCCUCCCCAUCUUUCUUCUUCCCCCCCCUCCUCUCCCAUUUUGGGAGGACUGUUCCUUUCCUUUCCUUUCUGUCUGCCCAACUUCAGACACAUGAGUUCUUCCCCUUGCAUCUUUGCUCUCCUCCUCCUACUGACUUGGCUGAGUGUGGAGCGUUUCACGCAGUCACUGCUGCUCUUUGGUAAGUGUGGACCUGGGAUCUGCACCUGCCGCUCGCUCGGGCAGGGUCUCUGAGUUUGUAACUGAACCACUCCUGAAAGAGACAGUGAGGGCUCACUGGGCUCUUGAAGCUUCUUGCUCUGUGAAUAUCUUCCCAAAGAUGUUUUUUUUUGUUGUUGUUCUCAGCAAGUUAUGGGUUUUUUCUUCUUAACCUCCCGGGUGCCAAGGAAGAAUAACUUUCCUGAGUGAGGUGGAUUGUGAAAUAACUUUUUGUGUGUUCUUUCUGGAGAGGGAUGUAAAAUAAAGGCUUCACCAAAUGAAAGGCCUGACUCUUCUAUAAGCAGCCUGCUUCUUUUUGCAUCUUUCUUUUUUCCCCCCCCCCUCUCUUUUUGUCUUUUGGAACAUUCUCAGACCUGAG